AACAAUCCUUAACUAGCAAUAUUCUCAAACACCCAUUGUAUCUUUCCUUAUUUUGUUCUCAUUAAACCAUAGAAAAAAAAAUGGUGGACGUUGGAGCUAAAAAUUACACCAUAAUUACACUAUCAAUAUUCUUCUUAAUUCUCUAUCUCUCCCCAACCAUUCUUGGCUAUUCUCUCCAAGAAGUGAAAUCGUGGUGUGGCCAAACACCCAACCCACAACCAUGCGAGUACUUCCUUAGCAAUAAUCUUGAAUAUGACCGUACACCCAUCAAACAAAAAUCCGACUUCUUCAAACUAUCAGCCAAACUAGCCCUAGACCGAGCCAUGCACGCCCAUGACGACCUCUUCUCGGUGGGCCCCAAGUGUCGGAGCCAACAAGAGAAGGCUGCUUGGGCCGAUUGCCUUGAGCUCUAUGAGUCCACGGUCCUUAGGCUCAACAAGACCUCUAAACCCACUUCCAAGUGCACCCAAGACGACCUCCAAACGUGGCUCAGCACGGCGCUCACCAACCUUGAGACGUGUCGUGCCGGGCUGCUCGAGUUGGGCGUCUCGGACUACCUCUUGCCCUUGAUGUCCAAUAACGUCUCCAAACUUAUUAGCAACUCUCUGGCUAUAAACAAAUCCCCAUAUAAGCCUGAUAACAAGUAUAACAACGGGUUUCCCACGUGGGUCAAGCCCGGUGACCGAAGGCUAUUGCAGUCUUCGUCGUCACCAGCUUCUCGGGCCAAUGUCGUGGUGGCCAAGGAUGGGUCCGGGGACUACACGACCGUGAAGGCGGCGGUUACCGCCGUUAAAGGGAGCGGGAGGUUUGUGAUAUAUGUGAAGGCAGGGACGUACAAUGAGAAUGUUGAGAUAAAAGUAAAGAAUGUCAUGUUGUUGGGUGAUGGGAUUGGGAAGACUAUUAUCACAGGAAGCAAGAGUGUUGGUGGUGGUUCUACAACGUUCCAAUCAGCAACUGUUGCUGUCGUUGGAGAUGGAUUUAUUGCUCAAGACAUCACAUUCCGAAACACGGCCGGAGCAUCCAACCACCAAGCCGUGGCGUUGCGGUCGGGUUCGGAUCAAUCCGUAUUCUACAAAUGCAGCUUUGAAGGGUACCAAGACACCCUCUACGUCCACUCUGAAAGACAAUUCUAUAGGGAAUGUGACAUCUAUGGCACGGUGGACUUUAUAUUUGGUAAUGCCGCAGUAGUCCUUCAAAAUUGUAACAUCUACGCACGUGAUCCUCCUAACAAAACCAACACCAUCACGGCACAAGGCCGAACCGACUCGAAUCAAAAUACUGGGAUCUCAAUUCACAAUUGUAGGGUUACCGCCGCUUCGAGUUUGUCGUCGUCGGUUAAAACAUAUUUAGGGAGACCGUGGAAAGAGUAUUCAAGGACGGUUGUCAUGAAAACUAACCUUGGUAGCUUAAUUAAUCCGGCGGGCUGGCUGGAGUGGAGCGGUAAUUUUGCCCUUAAGACUCUGUACUACGCCGAGUAUGCAAACACCGGACCCGGUUCAUCUACUUCGAACCGGGUUAAGUGGACAGGUUACCAUGUGAUUGGGGCAUCUGAGGCUUCAAAAUUCACUGUGGGCAACUUCAUUGCAGGUGGUUCUUGGUUACCUGCUACUAAUGUGCCUUACACCUCCGGCCUUUAGUGCAAUUUGUCUAUUAAUUUGUCAUUAGAUUUUCAUUUGUGUUGCUAAAAGUUGAAAAUGGAUUUGUGUCUUAGGUUUGGAGGGUUUUUUUUUUUUUUUUUUUAAAAGAAAAUAAUAGUAAAGUGAAUCUAGAAUAAAAUAAUUCUUAGAAUGAAAAUAGGUGUGAAAAGAGGACAACAGGACAACGAACUUGGCAAGUGUACUGGUUAGUUGUGAUUGUGUAAUUUGGGUAUAUAUUUGUCAUUCUUUGUGCAUUUGUAUGAGUAUUAAUCAAUUGUUAAAUGUUUCUUUCUUUUGUA